AAAAAGGAAAGGGUUUGCAUUAACUCGCAUUUUUACGGGGCUACGGAACUAAGAGGAAUUGUAACCAAUAAACAUGGCGUUAAAUGGCGACGAUGUUGUUAUACUAAGUGAUGAUGACACAGAUAUCGAAAAAAAAUGCGAUGAAGUUGAUUUUUCAGAAGAUGAGAGUUGGCGAAAUACCUGGGUUGCUUCAUCUACUCUACUUAAAGAAAGUAAUAAACAAGAACUUAAAAAUGUGCAAAAUCCACUAGUUAUUGCUCCAGAACAACUUUCACCUACAAAAGUUUCCAAAUCUAAUGAACUUUUUUCAUCAGCAGUAUUCAAUAACAUAGCUUGUAAUAAUGAACUGGCAAAUCUAAACGAGUCACAAACUACUACCAAAACUUCUGCAUUUUAUUUACCACAUUCAAUACAUAAUUUUGAUUCUCGUGUUGUUCUUUCACCAGUUCCAUCAGUUUCUUUACCAAUAAAUAACUCUACUUGCAGUGCUGAAGCACCACUAAUACUUAUUGAAGACAGUGAUGAUAAUGAUGAUGAUGAUAAUAAUAGAAAAAAGACAUUUAACUCUUUUUCAGAAAAAGUUCACCUUAAAAAUAAAAAAUCUAAUAGGAAAUUAAAGAUUAAAAGUUUAGUAAAUCAAUUAGAAAGAAAAGAGCGUCAAAUAAAGCAUUUGGCAGAAAUGGAUAUUAGUUUGGAAGACAUGAAGUCAGAAGAAAGUGUUUAUAUUCAAGAGGCCAGAUUAAAGGAAGAGUUUCUUAAGUUAUGGCGCAAGUAUUGCAAACUGAUUGGUGAAAAUCCUGAUAAAAUCAUAAAAAGAAAAAGGGUAUGUGUUACAAGUGCCCCAUUUCCAGAAUUAAAUCGAUCAGUUGAAAGGUUUAUAAACAAACAUAACAUCUUUCCAAAUUUAUCAGAUAUAAAACAAAUUUGUAAAAAAGCUGUUGAUAAUAAUGAUAUAAAUGUUCGAGAAAAUGAUUUACAUAAUAUAGCAGUUGAUAUAUUUGUGGAGGUAGGAAAAAAAUUACAAAUUAAUCGGAAAAAAGAGUUUAAUGAAAUUUCUGGUAACUAUUUAACUGAUCGUGUUAAAAUUGAGGAAGAUCCUGCCCUUGAAGAUGCAAUUUUAAAUAGAAAAUUAAAGCAAAACCGUAAACUUGCUAAACGAAGAAUAGAAAAUGUUUUCCAAGAUUUUGUGAGACAGCAAUAUGAACAACAAGCAUUGGGUUCAUCCAAUGAAGCUAUAUGUAAAACAGACGAUGAAGAAAGUGAUGACCAUGAAUCUCACUUUGAUAAUUCAAAACAAAAGCUUUAUUCUAAAAGUACUAAUGGAGAAGUUAUUAAAAUUGGAAGAAGUCCAAAAGAUUGUCUUGAGGAGACAGUUAUACGAGUUACUGUAUCAAAAAAAGAACCAUUAUUUGGCAAAAAGAUUGGUGUUACAAUAGGCAAUCCAACAGGAGCCACAAACAAUAAGCAAUCAGACAUAAUAAAAAUAAACAAUAAAUCUUUAAAUUUAAAAAGAUCUUCAGAAUAUAUUGUACCAGAAAAUGACAAGCAAGUAAAUGAUUUCCAUAUAAAUGCUAAAUGUGACACAGACUUUAGUUCUUUUAAUUCAGUUAAUCCAUUACAGAUGUCUUCAAGGCAUUCGUGUAAUACUAUAUCUACAAAUACUAAUAUAUUAGAUGAAAUUACAUCUUGUGAUAAUCCUCUUCUAAAAACUAAAUAUAUUCCAAUUGAUCCAAUAUGUUGUCCACACAGAUACAGUACUGUAUCAAUUUGUAAAUCACAGGUUGCAAAUUACGAAAAGAGCACUCAGUUUAAAGCAAUGACUGAUGAUGAAAAAGUCGGGUCUAAUCAAAGGCUAACAAAUAUGGAUCGUGUUGCCAAAGAUCGUGUGAAACUUUUAAAAGCAAAACUAAAUAUAAGUUUAGAAAAACCAUUUCAAUUUUUAGACUCAGACAGUCAGUUGAAGCAAUCUGAUAAAAUUGUUUUAAACAACACUUCUCCACCAAAUGCUAUCAUUUCUGAUUCUAAAAAUGUUGUUUUUGUUUUGAGUUCAGAUGAUUCCGACUAACGGUUUCAACAACGGUUUUUGUUAUUCGUUUUGCUUAUUUUUAUUGCAAGCAAAUUUUUAUAAUUUUUUAAAUUAUUAUUUUAUUUGGUUUUUGUUUAUUUUUAUUUAGUAAGAUCAGUUUUCUCUUGCAUUAACAUAACACAACCUGAAAUUAAAUUUUAAAAUCUUUAUAUAACAACAUAGUUAAUUACUUAAGUUUAAACAAAAGGAUACGUUUUGUUGUAUUCCCUUUCCCUUCUUCCAGGUUUUCGGUAAACCUGUAAUUUUAAUUUUAUUUAAAAAAUUGAAAAUUUAACAUGAAAGUAGAAUAAAGCUUAAAACUAUUUGUCAAAAAAAUUUGGAAACAAUAAUAAACAACAACAAAAUUUAUUAUGCAUAGGCAAAGUUUUAAAUAUUUUAUGCUUCGGAUGACUGACCAGACAACUAUAAAAAAAACAGGUUAAUCUCUCAAUGUAUUAUAUUUUUAAAAAUCUUCCCGCACUCAAAUUACGCAACCUUCUUUCCCUUCUCAAUUUCCUUGAUUAACGUGCACGAUUUCUAUGUAGUUGUUAUAUUUUUUAGGAAGAUAACAUAUAGUCUUUUUUAUUAUUA